GCGCGCUCCGGAGCAUCGCUCCCGGGGACGCGCAGCGGAAGCGAGCAGCAGCAGCAGCAUCAUCUCUCCAGCAGCGCAGGGUUCAAGUCACAGGCGCUGCAGUUUGUUCAAAGCCGAGCCAGAAACAAGAGUUUAUUUUAAACAGGAAUAAAAAUAAAAGCUGCGCGACGAUCAGCGGAGGAGAGACGGAAACAAACAGAGAGCGGCGGGAUUUACUGAGCGAGUAAGGGGUACCGUCGGUUCUGCCUCCCAGGAUGUGUGGUGUGGAUGUGGACCUGGAGGACGGCGGCUCAGCGGACGAGGAGAAGGAGGAGGAGUUCUGGGUGGGGGAUGCCGUGAAGAUGCUGCCCCCCCCAGUGGCGCACAGUGACGGCAGCGCGUGGGGCGGCCGCAGGGGAGCGUGCGGCUCGGUGGCCUGCGGGGCGGUUCUGGUCCUGUGGAACCUGUGCGUGGUGUCGGCCGGCGCCCUGCUGCUGGCGCUGGUCUUCUGUGUGGUGCUUCUGCCUGCGGCGCUGCUGCUGUACGCCGGCUUCCUCUGCCACUCCAGAGUCCUCGACGCCCCGGCAGCUAUCUGCCGCUACCUCGACGACAACAGCUGCUCCGCCCUCAUCAUCCUGGGCUUCGUGAUGAUGUCGCCCCUCGUAGUUUUGGCGGCGGCGGUUUUCUGCGGGCUGCUGAGGAAGUUCCGGCUCCUUCUUUUCCUUCAGCCGCUGUCCAGGGCGCGGUACCGCGGGAGGCUGAUGGACUGGGUGGGAAGAGUCCAGGCUUGGGUGUGACGGGCGAGGCUCAGGGUUGGUGUGCGCAGAGUGAGGAGUUGAAUGGUAAAAAGAGUGAGAGAGGACAAUAAAAUAUUCAAUUUCCAGUGUAAACAAUCCGACAGUGAUUAGAAUAGAUUUCGGCUCUAAAUAAGCAAUCAGUUUGUUUUCAGCUAGUGUCAGUGGUCACAUUAUUUUGAAUAUUAGUUCUGUUUAAAAAAAAUAUUCUUUUAUUUCUCUUUGUUUUUAUUUUUCAUAUUAUUUUGCAGUGCUUGUACAUGUAGAGUAAAUCUGGGGUGUUUUUAGAUGUGCUUUAUUAUUAAUUAAUUUGACGCUAUAACAAAUGGAGACGGUGCAUUAGAGCCAUUGUAGAUAG